AUGCGCAACAUCAUCCGCGAGGCCAAUGACGAGUCCUCCCAACAAGACUCACUGAACCCCCUUCCCUUCAAUGUUGUCCCAGAUCCACGGUACUGGUCCUCCGAAUUUGCCACCACACCCGUUCCAGACGCCACCGACUCGCGCAAGCCUGAUUUAGUCCUCAUGGACUACAGGCUGAAAAAGAAUAAAUCAGGCGAAAAGACCUGGGUGGAUGUUCUCACCAAUACUGAGAUCACCAAGUCGGAAUUGAUUCAAGGAAAAGAUAUCCCUAUAUUCUUAGGGGUCGCCACCAAGGGAUAUCUUAUAAUGCGAGAACAGCCAUGGCACCGUUUCGUCGUUUUGUUCAGCAUUGCAAACCUCCAGCUCCGCGCUCAUUAUAUGGACUGCUCUGGAAUGAUUAUCUCUCAGCCCCUCCCAAUUGGUGCCAAUGCUGUGCGUUUUGUCGACGUUUUAAACACAAUCACACUAUCAGACCUAGCUUCCCUUGGGUUCAACCCUACCAUUCACAUUUGCACCGACCUCUGCUCUGCUGGUUCUCACAAUGAUCUUCCUGAGGGUAUAGAUCAAAUGCCGGAAGGAACACAAGGCUGGGUGAUGGACAAUGAUGGUGAGGUGUACUGGAUCAUGGCCAUUUUAUGGAAGAGUCGUGAAUUCGCAUUGAAAGAUUGUUGGGUCAACGCAGAAAACCUGGAUCAUGAAGUGAUGCUCCUCCGGGCAGUCAAUGGCAUUCCAAACGUGGUCAGUCUCGAAAAAUAUUGGGACGUCCAGUAUGCCGGACAAACAGAUUGCACCGAGAGGAUUCGCGAACACAUCAGUGAAAACCUUCCGGAAGCACCAAUAUACUCCAAUAAGUCCCUCCCUGAGCUAGUCAACGUUUUUCGAGAUCUUAUCAUUGCUCACGAAGCAAUGGUCACCCAACAGAACAUUCUACACAGUGACCUCAGUCCCAACAAUUUAAUCAUCCACGACGGAAAGGGUUACUUUAUUGACUUCGAUCACGCCAAAUUCCUCAAAAACAAUGCAGCAGUCAAUUCGCGUGGUACUGGAACUGUACCCUAUAUUUCCUGCCGUCUUCUCAAGCUCAUGGGAGACGUUCUGCGUCCAUCCAUGAUUGACCACAGAGCCUCUGAUGACCUAGAGUCUCUCUUUUACAUCCUCCUCGAAUUCACAACCACAUACGAAGGACCCAGUGGUAAAACAUCGGCCGAAGGAGUGCACCCUGUCAAUGCCCCUAGGUGGCGCAAGGCUUACCUGAUGAUGGAUGGAGAUGGUCUGGGGACUAGUGGAUCGUUGAAGAAAGAAUUUCUCACAGAGAAACAUCCGCCCUAUGAACCAACACCAUACUUCAAAGCUUGUCGCCCCAUCCUUGAGGAAUGGCGCAAGGCAAUUGGGGACGCGCUGCACAACGAACGUGACUUGUCUCACAAAGAAAUCCUCAAGAUUAUGCAACAGGGUCUGGAGAGAAUUCUAAGUAUGCCAGGUACCCCAACAUCGCAAAGUGUUGCGUUUUUGCCAGCGACAUCUGUCGCCACUCCUUCCCCUACUUCUCUUCCUCUCCCCAUGCAUCCUCAUCACCCCAUUUCUCUCCCUCCUGCUUCUCUCCCACCCCCUCAUAAUGAAGCUAUGGCCCAGGAUGCUGGUGUUCAGCCCCGUCGUUUGGGGCGGCAAACGCAGAUGCUGCCUCCUGAACUCCCAUCUGUUACCUGGGGCACAAUUGCUCAUUCAGCUUCUGGUUCCAUGACAUCACAAUUCCAUUCCUCUUCUCCUCCCCCCACUUCUGGCCCUAUGGCCAAGGAGACUCGUCUUCGACCUCAUCACUCCGGGCAGAAGAACAAAAUGAUUCCUCCUCCGCUCCCCAUCAUUGCCAUUUAUUGGCCCAAACGAACUUCCUGGCUCAGGUGCUGGCUCCAUGACCGAGGAACUUCCUACUUCGUUUUCUUCACUCAAUGCCUCCCAGGAAAAGGGCCAGACAAGGUUCCCCAGGCGAUAGCUCGAGGAAGGGAGCCAAGGUGGCACGGGCAGAUGCUGACGCUACUCGACGAAGCUCACGGUCCACGCGAGGGUAUCGGUGGUCAUGCUGCACAACUGCAAAAAACUGGUGAAACUCUAACGGCCCCAACAAGGCGCAAGAAGGCAGACGAUCUCAAUAUCAGCGACUCCGAAGAAAAUCCAAUGGCUCCUUCGCAACUCAAGAGACGCAAGGAAAAGUUGCACACUCCAAAGACUUCUGUUGAACCCGAUUCUUCACGGCCAGAGAGCGAACGCACUCGUCUCCACAUAGCCCGCCCUUCAGAUAGGUUUGGUUUCAAGCCGUCCCAGUCCCAGGCAACCCAUCCCGUCGGUCACAAUCACAAGGAAGCCGGGUAG